AUGGGUGGCAGGGUGUGGUUUCCUACACUAGGAUUGGUGGCCUGGCUGUGCUUACUCAGUCUGGGGCCUGUUCAGGGGGGGAAGGUGCUGGUUAUGCCUGCAGAUGGGAGCCACUGGCUCAGCAUGAAGAUACUGGUGAAGGAGCUCAUACGCAGGGGCCAUGACAUCCUGGUGCUGGUGCCCGAAAGCAGCCUGUUGAUGAAAGAAUCAGAGGACUACAAGACUGAGAUAUACCAAGUGUCAUUCACCAAAGAUGAAAUGGAUGCAACCUUGAAGGAGCUGACAGACGGACUGUUCCUCAAGCCACCAGGAUUCACCGAUUAUUUUAUUAAUAUAAAGCGUUUCGUCAACUUUACCUCGCUUCAGCUGAGAGGUUGUGAGAGUUUGCUACACAACCAGCCUCUAAUGAGUCGAGUGAAGGGCAUGGGCUUUGAUAUCGUGCUUACAGACCCCUUCAUUCCCUGCGGAGCCAUUGUGGCACAUAUCUUUUCUAUUCCAGUUGUCAAUUUCCUGCGUGGUCUUCCGUGUGAGCUGGACAUGAGGGCGAACAAGUGCCCCGCUCCUCCUUCAUACGUUCCUGUGUCCCACUCUGGUAAUACAAACAUCAUGACCUUCCCGAACAGAGUCAAAAACAUGAUCAUGUCUGUUGUGGAGUCCUACUCAUGCAGCUUACUCUUUGGCCACUAUGAUGAGAUGAUCAGCAGGAACUUGGGAAACAACAUGGACUACAAAACUCUUCUCAGUCAUGGGGCUGUCUGGCUUCUCAGAUAUGAAUUUGCUUUUGAUUGGCCCAGACCCCUUUUGCCAAACAUGGUCUUAAUUGGAGGCAUCAACUGUGCAGAGAAGAAGAAGGAUGCAACCUUGCCGGCGGACUUGGAGGAGUUUAUCAACGGCUCGGGAGAAGAUGGAUUUAUUGUCUUCUCUCUGGGCUCAAUGGUGCCCAACAUGCCCGAGGAGAAGGCUCAACACUUCUUAGAUGCUUUUCGGCAAAUUCCUCAAAGGGUUGUGUGGAGAUACGCUGGAGACCCACCUAAGGGUGUACCCAAAAACGUCAGACUAAUGAAGUGGCUACCUCAGAAAGAUCUUCUUGCUCAUCCUCGGGUUAAACUCUUGAUCACUCAUGGAGGAAGCCACAGUGUCUACGAGGGGAUCUGCAACGCUGUGCCCAUGUUGAUGUUUCCGCUGUUUGCAGAACAGGGGGACAACGGGAUUCGCUUGAAGUCGCGCGGUGCCGCAGAGACACUUAAUAUAUUUGACCUGACGAGUGACAAACUAUUGGCUACAUUAAAUAAACUCCUCCAUAAUAAAAGUUACAAAGAGAAGAUAGUGGAGCUGUCUCAGAUACACCUGGACCGACCCAUUCCGCCUCUGGACCUGGCUGUUUUCUGGACCGAGUUCGUCAUUAGACACAAAGGAGCAGCACACCUGAGAGUAGCUGCACACGACCUGAACUGGAUUCAGUACCACAGCCUGGACGUCAUUGGUUUUAUUCUCGUCAUCCUCCUGACUGUUCUGUGGGUGACGCUGAAAUGCUGUUUGUUCUGCACCCACAGGUGUUGCAGAAGGGCAACUGCAAAGACAAAAUCAGAGUAGUUUAUUUGGUUUUAAUAAUCUGUGAUGAAUUGUAAAAUCUCAACUUAAGUGCUGGAACUACACGGUCUUCAAACAUGAAGCUGAUUGAUUGACUGAAGCCGACUCAACUAAGCUGUAGACACUUCCUGACACUAUGUGUUCUCUGGUUGCUAGACUCCUUUUUGUUUUGUACAGACAGCUACAUUUCUCACCUGUUUGACUUGACAUUUAUCUGCAGGAAGGCACGGUAUUUGAAAUACUACCUGAAACCAAUUGUGUUCACGAUUGUUUACUGGUUCUUUUUUAGCACCAAGCCUUCUAGCAUCCCCUGUACUGUGAAUACCAGCUCCACCAUUAAGCUAUUGUGUACUGUGCAUUGUUCUGUCUGUCUGUGUGAGGACCAAAUAACUUUUCAUCAGGGUGAACACACGGCAGUUAUUCUGUAGCAAACAUUAACCUUUCCUUAGAUUACAAGUAUUUUAAUUGAGACAAUUAUAAGUCAUGAGAACUGUAUUGAGUUAUUCUUCAUAAGACUCAGUGCUGAGCAAUGAGAGGUCGCAAACAUCUUCCACUUCACAAUAAAAGUUGAAUGUGCUGACAUUA